ACAGCUUGGCUAGACCGAUAUCGCUCGUCAACCUAAGUCAAGCCACAACGAGACAUUGUCUGAAUCACACUAUCACUCAAACCCUCACUCGCGUCAAGAAGCUGCAGUAACGAGACUCCAGCUCACCAACGAUCCAAGAACUCUGGAGGUUGACUUAAAGACAUGCUCUUUCUUAGUAUGCACAAUGCCAACACCAAUUUCGGCAAUCUAUCCGUGCCAAAACCCACAUCGUCCCCGAACUUCACCAAACAAACGUGAUUUUCGGCAGCCCAGUCCGCUCCCGAUUACGCGGCGGUGGGUUCUCUCAAGAAUGGACGCUUACCCGAGACGUAAUAGUGGUGCAAACCGCCCUGCAACGACAUGCUUAGAUGCGAUAACGCAAUCCCAACCCCAGACAAGGUCUGCGGGAUGAGCCCAUGAAAUUUUCAGCUGUUGUUUUCUCAAAUACUGGGCUGACUCCUGGCUCCUGACUGAGUCAUCUCCCUGUCGAGCCUCGAAUUCACCCUUCACGCCUUCACUCAACGUUCGUAAAGCCAUCAAAGCAGCCGACAUGAGCGCGCAAAGUGGUCUGCAAGUCGCAGACUCGUCCGACACCGAUGCCGGAAAUGAACAACCAAGGAAUGAAGCUCAGCGGCGCAGCUUCGGUGACUGGCUCCGUGAUGAUGUCAACAUCCGCUAUACCGAUAUCCCAGUCCUCGCUUGCUGUCUGGUGUCCGGCUUGUGCGACAGUGUAGCAGUGAAUGCAGCUGGUGUCUUCGUCAGUAUGCAAACAGGAAACACCAUCUUCAUGGCUCUUGGCGCCUCGAAGCUUCCGGCUGGCGAGCCUCUCCUCUGGCUCAAGUCCCUCAGCUCCAUCGCCGCGUUCUGGCUUGGGUGCUUCUUCUUCUCCAAAUCGAGACACAUCCAUCCCAAGCGCAGAAGCACUCUCGCCCUAUCGUUCCUUCUUCAGUCGUCUCUCGUCUUCCUCGCCGCCGCCUUUGCUCAGACACGUCUCAUCGCCGACUUUGGAAAAGCCUCGGUGCAAGGCUCCGACUCGAAUCACGAAUUCAAGACCUCUGAAAACCCUCUUGUGAUGGUACCCCUUGCGCUUCUGGCCUUCCAGUUUGGCGGACAGAUUGUGACGAGCAGGAUUCUGGGAUACAACGAAGUUCCUACCAACGUCCUGACCAGCGUCUACUGUGAUCUCCUCUCCGACCCCAAGCUCUUCGCACCCCUGAAGGAAAACCCCAAGAGGAACAGGAGGUUCUUGGCUGUUGUUUUGCUUGUUCUUGGAGGUAUCAUUGGUGGCUGGUUGCAGAGAAGUCGGGCUGGCAUGCCUGGAGCUCUUUGGAUUUCUGGGGGAGUCAAGUUCAUCAUUGCCGUCGCCUGGAUGGGCUGGGCCAGCAAUGAGCCGGUUGAGAGCAAGCUGGAGAAGGGCGUCAAGUCAUAA